AUGGCCUUUGGGUCGUACGAGGCACAUUUGGCGUCUUGCAUGCGCAAGUUCAAUAAGACUGGGUUUGUCCGAUCCUGGGAUUUUAAACUUAAGCCUUCUGCCAACUUGUUUGCCGGUAUGGCACGUGCCAGCGGGCCCAUGCCGCCUGUCAUGUCUGUGCCAGUGCCCAAGAUGGUGUCUUCCCAGGUUACCGUUGCUUCUGUUGUCAAGCUUGCCCUGGGCAGGGUCAGGCUGCAGGAUUCUUGGAGUGUGCACCUUGACAAGAAGCUGCGUGCUGCCAUUCAGAAGUGGGUGUCUAUCGUCCUUGAGGAUCCACUCACCUUUGAUGUUGGCCGCAGGUGUGCUGCCGCGUCCUGCCAGGAUUCCGCAGUCUCGCAAGGUUUGCUGCACACCUUUUCGGGCAAAGCUGCGGGUACACUGCACAAUCGUGCGGGACCGUUGCUCCGUUUUGUGGCGUGGGCCAAGAAGCGGCGUCUCCAGCCGCUGCCACUGAGAGAGAAAGAUGUGUAUGAGUUCCUGCUUGAUUUGGAGGAUUCCAGCGCGCCGUCUUUCGGCAAGGCACUCAUGUCCUCGUUGGCGUUUUGCAAGUUCGUUUUGGGUGCUGAGUCUUUCUCUGACUCCCUUUGCAGUGGCCGCCUUACAGGGCUUGCGCGUGCCUCCUUUCUUAAAAAGAGGAAGAGGCGACAGAAGCCGCCACUCACCGUUGCUAUGGUCAAGAGAUUGGAGCGCCUUGUUGUGGAUGAGUCUGAUAAUGAUGUUGACAGGCUGUGUGCAGGCUUUUUCUUACUCUGCAUUUAUCUUCGUGCUAGAUACAGUGAUGGCCAGGCCCUGAUGAAUCUGGUUUUGGAUGAGCCGGACUCUUUCAUGGGACCACUUGCAGGGUACUUCCAAGGUGAGACUUCAAGGACGAAGACCAGUUUCUCCUUGGAGAGGAAAACAGCAUUGCUUCCUAUGGUGGGGCCAUUGUGCGGGGUGGCGUCCGUUCCUUGGUUCAGGACGUGGAUGAGCCUUCGUGAGGACCUCGCCAUUCCCGAGGGAGAAGAUUUUCCUCUCCUGCCCAGCCGUGGUCAGGAGGGCGGAUGGUCGGGUGUUCCGCCCACGGCCACUGUAGCAGCUGGUUGGUUGCGCGGGAUUUUGUCUGCCAGAGGUUUCCCUGAAGCCUCAAAGCUUGGUACUCACAGCUGUAAGGCUACGACCUUGUCUUGGAUGUCAAAGUAUGGUGUUGACGCGCUGCGCCGGAGGAUUUUGGGAUAUCACAAGGCUCCGCAGGAUGAGAUGAUGCACAUCUAUGGGCGUGACAAUGUUGCGCCUGCUCUGAGGUCUCUUGAGUACGUGCUCGCCGAUAUAAGGAUCGGCAAGUUCCUCCCGGACACCACACGUUCGGGCUAUUUUCCAACUGAUCCCGAGCGCGAACCAGGUCCUGAGUUCAAUGAUGAACCGUCGGCCUCGGAGGCGUCACUGGACGAAGAGGACAACGUUCAGGACCUUCGUGCUGAAGAGGCUGCGGCUGAUGAGAUCAUACCGCCGUGGGCCGAGUUAGCUGUGGGAGACCCUGAUGCCCAUGUGUACAUCAGGCACAUCACUUCCCGCAAGCUUCACCGUCUCGCUGAUGAGGGCGGGAACCGACUUCGCUGUGGGAAGAGGUGCUCAAAGAAGUUCGAGCGUCUUGCUGAGAGGCCUAGGUUUAUGGCAGAUAUGUGCCAAAACUGUUUCAAGUGA